AAGGAAAAAGCAUUAUGACAUAAUGCAAAUAUUUUUAAUACACUUAUCUCCUUUCUUUUUAAAAAUAGAAAUUUUCUGCUGCUAAAUUUUUUUUUUUUUAUGAAAUGGAGUCUCACUCUGUCACCAGGCUGGAGUGCAAUGAUGGUGCAAUCUUGACUCACUGCAACUUCGCCUCCCGAGUUCAAGCGAUUCUCUUGCCUCAGCCUCCCGAGUAGCUGGGACUACAAGCAUGCGCCACCACACCCAGCUAAUUUUUUGUAUUUUUAGUAGAGAUGGGGUUUCACCAUGUUGACCAGGAUGGUCUCAAUCUCCUGACCUCGUGAUCCACCCAUCUCAGCCUCUCAAAGUGCUGGAAUUACAGGCCUGAGCCACCGCACCCAGCUACUGUUAAAUAUUUUUAAAUGUAUUGAACUUCUAGUCAGCAUUUUAAAUCUGUAGACCUUAGUAUGUAAAAUGGCCAAGUCCCCUCAUAUCUGACUGUAAAAUAAAAUUGGGCUGCUCAAAUUGUAUUCCUUCGUAAUUCCCUGCUAUAGACUUUUAGACUGUUUGUAUAUCUCUACUUGUACCACAGAAUAUUGGGACUUUAUUGGCCAUCAUUCAUUUUAGAGUCUGAAUUCUGGGGACUCAAACGUUUCUACAAGGGCCAGGCGCGGUGGCUCGAGCCUGUAAUCCCAGCACUUUGGGAGGCCUAGGCGUGUGGAUCACAAGGUCAAGAGAUCGAGACCAUCCUGGUCAACAUGGUGAAACCCCGUCUCUACUAAAAAUACAAAAAAUUAGCUGGGCAUGGUGGCGCGUGCCUGUAAUCCCAGCUACUCAGGAGGCUGAGGCAGGAGAAUUGCCUGAACCCAGGAGGCAGAGGUUGCGGUGAGCCGAGAUCGCGCCAUUGCGCUCCAGCCUGGGUAACGAGCGAAAACUCCGUCUCAAAAAAAAAAAAAAAGUUUCUACAAGAUAGCUCAGCAGUGCUUUGACAUUAAAUGUGACUUAUACAUCAUAAAUGAUUUUCAAAUGAAAUUUGAAAUUUUAAUUUCAAAAUUCUGUAAAAGUGGUUGCUCAAAAGAUGUAUGGUACUAUUUUAAUCAGUUUAAGAGCAAAAAUGUUUAAUUGUAUUUAAUAAUGGUAUUUGGGCAACCAGAAAAUAUUUUAAGAGUUGGUCUAAAAUAAUUUGAAGUAGCUCAUCUGCUAUUAUAUCAGAUGCUUCUUGAGUGCCCCAUUUAUACACGGCCUGUGAUAAAUACCAUGUGAGUCUUGUAGAAAUACCUUCAAGAAUAUUCCUUACCUGCUUGUAAUACAGAAUGCCCAUCUAAAAACUAUGUAGUUGGGGUGGUCUUUGUGGAAUUUUUUAGCUAUAACCAUCAGAAAACAGGCAUACUUUGAUUAACCCUCUUGAUUUUUGCAACCCAUUGAACAAAAAUAUUUUGCCAAUUAUUUUACGUUAUUUAAAAUUUUGUAUUUCUUAUGUAAACCUUAACUUUGUAGCAGUUAAUUUUGUUUAAGAUUUUGCUAUCAGCUCCCUAUCACUUGAGCAACAUUUUUUUGUUGUUGUAUAUAUUUUUUUCUAUUCUCUCUUGGGAUAGAGAAUUUACUUAAAAUUUUUCUUUUCUCCGAUAAUGUGGAAAAUAUGUCACUUGGUUUAUGGUGGCAAAUUCUGUUUAAAUUCGUGUCAGCUAUUUAGAUGGGGGGCCAGAUGCUUGAUUUAUUUAAUUAACUAAUUUUUUGAGACAGAAUCUGUCUCUCAGGCUGGAGUUCAGUGGAAUGAUCUCGGCUCAAUUGAUUCUCCUGCCUCAGCCUCCUGAGUAGAUAGGAUUAUAGGCGUACACCACCACACCUGGCUAGUUUUUGUAUUUUCAGUAGAGAUGGGGUAUCACCCUGUUGGUCAGGCUAGUCUCAAACUCCUGACUGCAAGUGAUCUACCCACCUUGGCCUUCCAGAGUGCUGACAUUAUAGGCGUAAGCCGCCAUGGCCUGCCCAGUUUAAAUGCUUGAUUUAUACUGUCCGCAUCCAAAACUUCACUUGCUCAGCCCAGGGGUCCAACAGGGCUGAUCAAGGUGGGGAUGGUAGCUGGUAGCUGUGUGUCUCCAUAAUUACCCAAGUCAGUUAUAGUCAUGUUACUAGAUUUAUUUGAAGAUUUAAUACCAUUUUUCAAAUCUCAAGAAGUAUUUGAGUAAAUUGCUUGCUUCUAAAUUGGUUACCUAGAAAAUAAGUUCUUUAUCUAUUUACUGUGAUAUCUGGAUUGAGUCUCUAUUUUGCUUUUUUCUUAAUAUCCUAUCUAUAUUAUUGGAUGAUUGAUGCCCAUUUUCUAUGGUUAUAAAUAUAGACAUUUUAAAGUUGGUGUAUAAAUUUUUCAAAAUAACUUCAUUGUAUUUCCUGUUUUAAAGUAUUAGAAUUAAUAUAUGGGUAUUUACCUUAUGUUAAUCUUACAUUUAGGAUUUUGUGAAAAUGGAAAAUUAUGAGGCAUUGGUAGGCUUUGAUCUCUGUAAGACACCGCUCUCCAGUGUUGCUCAGAAGAUUAUGUCUGCUAUUCAUUCAGGUGAUUUAGUGGAUUCUAAGACUUGGGGAAAGAGUACAGAGACUAUGGAAGUGAUAAACAAGUCCAGUGUUAAGUAUUCAGUACAACUUGAAGAUGGGAAGAAUCAAUCAGAAAAAGAGAAUCUUAAAUCUUUAACAAGUCAGACAUCAAGAGGUUCCACCAAGCUCUCUCCUCAGGCCUUCAGUGUCAGGCUCACAGAUCAGCUGUCAAUCGACCAAAAACAGAAGAGCAUCAGCUCAUUGACUCUUUCCAGUUGUUUAAUUCCACAGUAUAAUCGAGAGACUUCAGUUCUACAGAAAAAGGAACAUAAAAUAAUGUAUUUCUUAACAGAGAAUAUAAAUAAUGAAAAUAAAGGAAGCAUUAAUUUUAAAAGAAAACAUAUUGCAUCUAAUAAUUCAUCAGAGAAAAUAAGUAAACAAAUGGCAUUGGAAGAAGAUACUGAUGAGACUGAAGCCUACCUGAAUUCUGGGAACUCAGGAGCAUUAAAAAAACAUUUUUGUGAUAUUAGGUAUUUGGGUGAUCGGGCAAAAAGCCAGCUGAUUGAAAUGCUCAAACAGGCAGCAGCCCUGGUGGUAACCCUAAUGUAUACUGAUGGUUCCACCCAGUUAAGAGGCGACCAGACUCCCAUUUCCUCUGUGAGAGGAAUUGUGGUGUUACUAAAAAGCCAAGCAGAGGGUGGCCGUGGUUGUCCAGACACCCCGGCCUGUGGUCCUGUUCUGGAGGGCUUUGUGUCGGGUGAUCUAUGUAUCUACAUUCAAAUAGAGCGCUCUGCUCUCUGGGACCAAAAACAGGAGGCACAUCAUCAAUUUGCCCGGAAUGUGCUGUUUCAAACACUGAAAUGUAAAUGUCCUGUUAUUUGCUUUAAUGCUAAGGAUUUUGUGAGAAUAGUGCUGCAGUUUUUUGGUAAUAACGGCAGCUGGAAACAUGUUGCUGAUUUUGUAGGGCUAGAUCCCAGAAUUGCUGCCUGGCUUAUAGAUCCUAGUGAUGCCGCACCCUCUUUUGAAGAUUUAGUGGAAAAAUACUGUGACAAAUCCAUUACGGUUAAAGUGAGCAGCACAUAUGGAAAUUCCUCAAGAAACAUUGUGAAUCAGAACGUACGUGAGAACCUGAAGAUACUCUACAGACUUACGAUGGACCUUUGCUCUAAACUGAAGGAUUAUGGUUUAUGGCAACUAUUUUGUACUUUGGAGCUUCCUCUGAUACCAAUUUUGGCAGUGAUGGAAAGCCACACCAUUCAGGUGAACAAAGAAGAGAUGGAGAAGACAUCCUCACUUCUUGGGGCUCGUCUCAAGGAAUUGGAACAAGAAGCUCAUUUUGUUGCAGGAGAACAGUUUCUUAUAAUGAGCAAUAAUCAGCUUCGAGAGAUCCUCUUUGGCAAGUUAAAGCUGCACCUGCUGAGUCCAAGGAACUGUUUCCCCAGGACGGGACUGCAGAAAUACCCGUCCACAUCAGAAGCAGUGUUAAAUGCUCUGCAAGACGUUCAUCCAUUACCCAAGAUAAUUUUGGAAUACAGGCAGGUUCACAAGAUCAAGUCAACCUUUGUAGAUGGAUUACUAGCUUGCAUGAAAAAGGGCUCCAUUUCCUCUACAUGGAAUCAGACUGGAACUGUGACUGGAAGACUUUCAGCCAAGCAUCCUAAUAUCCAAGGUAUCUCCAAGCACCCAAUUCAGAUUACUAAACCUAAGAAUUUUAAAGGUAAAGAAGACGAGAUUCUCACCAUCUGCCCGAGGGCCAUGUUUGUUUCAUCCAAAGGCCACACCUUUCUAGCAGCAGACUUUUCACAGAUUGAAUUGCGCAUUCUUGCACAUUUAUCUGGGGAUCCAGAACUUCUGAAGUUAUUCCAGGAAUCUGAAAGAGAUGAUGUAUUUUCUACUCUGACUUCACAGUGGAAGGACGUGCCCGUGGAACAUGUGACACAUGCAGACAGAGAGCAAACCAAGAAGGUGGUGUACUCAGUGGUCUAUGGAGCAGGAAAGGAGCGGCUUGCUGCUUGCCUUGGAGUUCCUGUUCAGGAAGCUGCGCAGUUUUUGGAGAGUUUUUUGCAGAAGUACAAGAAAAUCAAGGACUUUGCCCAAGCAGCUAUUGCUCAGUGCCACCAGACAGGCUAUAUGGUGUCCAUCAUGGGCAGAAGGAGACCCCUGCCGAGGAUUCAUGCUCGUGACCAGCAGCUCCAGGCACAAGCAGAGCGACAGGCAGUGAACUUCGUGGUGCAAGGCUCCGCCGCUGACCUCUGCAAGCUGGCCAUGAUCCGUGUCUUCGCUGCAGUGGCUGCUUCCCACACCUUGACGGCCAGGCUGGUGGCCCAGAUCCAUGACGAGCUGCUGUUUGAAGUGGAAGACUCGCAGAUCCCGGAGUGUGCAGGUAGCACAGGGUUGCCUGGACUUCACAAAGGGCUGAGGGGAAGCUCGAUGGCCCAUGGCACAGCCCAGGAAAGCCCUCCCGGCUGUCGGCCCUUUCACAGCACCUGCUCCGCCUCAUGCUGCUGUGUCACCUGGGUCCUGGCAGGCAGAGGGGCCAGCCUGGGUGUGGGGACCCUUGAAAGGCUUAAGUGGGGUCCAGCCUGGGCCACCAGCCUCCCAGAGAGCACCGGGUGCUCUAGCUGACUGGAGCUCCGGAGAGCAGCUGCAGACACCCAAGGCCGCUUUGUCUGAGGCCCAAGGCCUCCAUGUCUUGGGGGUCUGGAAAGAUGGGGAGUAGGCACUGGUACCACCCAGGCUGACUGGGGACCAGGCUGCAGAGCUGGCAGCAGCUGUUCUUGUUGGGGUGUUGGAGUCUCUGAGGCUCCUCAGGCUCAGCACAGACUUCAGGCCUGGGUCCCAUCCUGCCCCACAGGCCACCCCUCUCUGCUGAGCUACAUGGCCCACAGGUGAGUGAGCUCAGGCAGAGUCACCCCAGCCAUCAGUCCAAGGGGUUCUUUGAAGCCAAGGAUCUCUCUCUCCCUAGGGAGGGCCAGGACCUCCCCACAACACCCAGCCACUGGUCCCAUGGAGGAUCCCAUUGUGGCCUCAUGGGUGAGAUGGGAGAGCAGGUGCCCACGUGGAGCUGGGCCCCCGACUCUCCAGGCCAGAGCUGUAACCGGCUGGGGCAGCUUCACGGGUUGGGAGAAGAGGUACAGGGGGCAUCAGGGCUGGAAGCUUCCGGCACCAAUUCCCAAGGGGCAGUCACCAUGCCCUCCUAGCCCCACACCCACCAGUUCUUACCCUUAGGGGUGUGAGGCUCCCAUCCCUGGUGCCCACCCAUCCUGCUCCAUCCUAAAGCAGGGCUCUGCCACUUGAAAACUAUGUCCAGCAACUCAUUUGAAAACACACCCAUCUUACGUGACCAUUUAACAAGUAUAACGUGUGCUCAGCUGUAGGUUAAAAAAGGAAAGAAAACAUUCCCAAAAGGCCUUGUUCCCGGGAGCAGCUUCCUCCAGCUGGCCUGGCAGCUCCUGAGGCAGGCAGCAGCCCAAGCCCUGCUCUGUCAAGAGCACUUGGGGCCAGGGACUGCAGGGCCUGGGGAAUCAGGGGUCAGGUGGGGCCUGCACUAGCCCUGAAGGGUGGGGUUAGAUCCUGCCUCCCAGGCGGUGUCUAGUGCCUGGCGUCUCUGCCCUGCCUGCCCUCCCAAGGGCCCCACAGGGAGCACCCCAGCUGAGUGCCAGCCCAGCCCCACACUUGCUGCCCCUCUCUGAGGAGCAGUUGCUGGUGAUCACACACUCUGUCACUGGCACCACCCCACCAGGUACAGAGGAGAGACCUGUUCUCUGCACACCCAGGGUAGCUCCAGCCAGCAUGGGGAGCCAACCAUCCAGCUUAGGCUAGGCCAUCUCUCCAGUCUUGCCCCCAUAAGAAGCUCCCCAGGAUGGCUGGGGUCCCUCUGCAGGGCUCCCCACCAUGCACACAGACCGUGUGCCCACCUGCUGGCUGACAGCUCCCUGCAGACAGUGACCUGCUCCUUCACAGAGGACACUAAGGGUCACAGAGCGCAGGCGGCCACCCGCCCUGCUCACGACACACCAGGGACAAGUCCUCAGGGAAGCUCUGGCUCUGCUGGGGCCAGGAGGGCUGGAAAGUAAGGCAGCACCCACCACGACUCUCGGCUCCUGCUACCACCUUUGCAUUGCAGUGUCACAAAGCCCAAAAGGAUGAGACGAAUGUUUAUCCAAAGUCAGCCCGGAGAAAGCCUGAGCUUGCGAGUCCUGCCCCCCACCCCUGCCCAGGCUUUCCUUCUCAGGGCUCUGAGUCCCACUGCUGCACGAUGACCCAGGUCCCCACAACGGGGCCAGCCCACUCGUGGCACAAAGUCACAAUUGCAUCAAACUUCACCCAGUAGUGGGGAUGGGGCUUCCUGCAGUCCUGGUGUGUCUGGCUGGUGGGGGCUACCUGUGCCUCUCCCUCCUCCCAGCCCCAGAGCUUCUGAAACAGAGCUGGCAUGACACCUGUCCCACCCCAUGACCCCCAGCUGAGGCAAGCUGACUCCAAGGGGUAGGCAUGAGGACCAGUGCAGUGUGGCAGGCCAGGCCAGGAGGGGGCGCUGCAGCGAAGGCCAGGGGGUCUGUGAGAGGCAUCCUGGACUGUGGAUGGGGCCGGGGAAGCUGGACCCAGCCUCAGGGGUGGGGCACGCAGGGGCUACCUGUGGGCAUCGAGACCCCACAGCUGGUUCGGGUGACCGAGUGGACACAGGAAACAAGGGUGCUCAGGGGCCGGGGCAGGACUCAGGCCUGGAAGUUCCCCAAGGUCAAGAGACCAGUGGGGCCACCUUUUUCUCCCAUGUUCUAGCUCUCGUCAGGAGGACCAUGGAGUCCUUGGAGCAGGUGCAGGUGUUGGAGCUGCAGCUUCAGGUGAGGGACACCCAGCCCUACCGGGUCUAGCAGAGCCCAAGGUGAGGGAGGCCCGUACCCCCAGGGCAGAAGAGCCAGGCCGCAGGGUGCAGCCCCAGCCCAAGAUGGCCCCUACAGCAGUGAGAUGGCUGCUCCGCAGCAGGCCCAGCAGUGGGGGCUGGGCAAUCCCUGAAACCCAGUAAGCCCCACCCACCUCUGCUCACUUCAGCUAACAGGGACUGCAGCCAGGCUGGACCCCUCCAGCUCUGUCAAGAGGGAGUGGUGGAGGCUUGGUCCGCUCAGGGUCCGGGACCCCGGGGAGGGCUGGCUGUCUUGGCCUCUGGGAGCCACCGAUCCUCCCGGGGAAGGACCCUGAGGGGCAAGCAUGGGAUGCCCCAGAACACACCCAGCUGCCCAAGGGCAGCUUGUCUGCCGGCCGAAGCCUGCCCACUGGCACAGAGGCCCUGGCAGGUGGGGAACCUCCACCAAGAUCAAGGUGUCAUGACUGGGAGGUGGAUGUGGCCUAAGCCUGUUACUGGCAAGUGUGGCGAGCGUGCAUGUGGCUGAUCAUGUGCACCUGUGGGCUGCAGGUGGGCUCCCCCUGCAUGGGGUCUGGGAGCUGGCUGGGGAUGGCUGGCCCAGGCCUGGGGCUCACCUCUGGCUGCCACCCGCAGGUACCCCUCAAGGUGAGCCUGAGUGCCGGCCGUUCGUGGGGACACCUGGUGCCACUGCAGGAGGCCUGGGGCCCUCACUAGGACCAAGUCGCACUGAGUCUCCCAGCAACAGCCUGGCUACCUCCGGGUCCCCUCCUCCCCCACCAACACCCACCCCUGCCCCCGCAUUUUUCGCCUUCAUUUUGUCUGUAGCCCCAGGCAACGGGGGAGGAAAGAACUGGUUUCCAGCAGCCCAUUGUGUGGCCUCCCCCAAGGUCACCAGCUCUGCGUGCCAGGACACUCCAGGAUGCAUUAACCCUUUGGGGCUGGGGUGGCCCUUUGUCCCCUGGAGUAAAUGCCUGUGCAAAGCCUUCCUCA